AUGGCACCUAUUCGUCGCGUGGGAGUAAUUCAGUGGCAUAUCAAGGAUGUCGCAGCUGAAGAAAACCACACUACAGCAUGCAAUUAUAUCCGUCAGGCUGCAUCCCAGGGCGCGGAACUAGCUGUUCUUCCCGAGUAUCAUCUCAGCGGCAUGGUCCCUGAUGACCCUCGCUGGGCUAUCCAGGCGGGUGACUCUGCCAAGUAUCUGGCUAACUACCAAGCCCUCGCAAAGGAGCUGAAGAUCUGUGUCGUCCCUGGAACCAUCAUUGAGAAACACGAGGGACCCAACCAAUCAACCAUCUUCUACAACACAGCAUAUUUCAUCUCCAACGACGGCUCCAUUCUCAGCUCUUAUGUGAAAAAGAAUAUCUGGCACCCGGAGCGUCCUCACCUCACCUCCUCCGGCUUGGAUCGCCACGUCGCCUUUGAUACGCCGAUCGGUCGCGUGGGCAUGCUGAUCUGCUGGGACCUGGCCUUCCCUGAAGCAUUCCGUGAACUGAUUGCCGAUGGAGCAGAUAUCGUGAUCAUCCCUACUUAUUGGACCCCACACGAUGCAUCUAAAGAUUGCAUCGCCUACAACCCCGACACAGAAGCGCUUUUUCUGGAAUCUACUCUGACAGCUCGCUGCUUUGAAAAUACUUGUGGUAUCAUCUUUUGUAACGCUACCGGCCCCUCGAAGGAUUUCCUCGGUCUAUCGCAAGUCACACUUCCUCUCGUGGGGCCCAUUGCGAAAAUGGGCUCCGAAGAAGGUAUCUGCGUGGCGGACAUGGAUCUGCGGGUGCUCCAGGUGGCCGAGCAAAAUUAUAAGGUUAGACAGGAUAUCAAGAGGGAUGACUGGCAUUAUGUCUAUCGGCACAUGAAGCGAUAA